AUGAGUUUCGUCAUGGCUUCAAGUGGUAUCCCAUUGGAUACUGGCGCUUUAAUAUCAGUAGUGCUGGAAGGCAUUUUAUACGGCUUUUCAGUGCUCAUGUUUAUGGGUACCAUCUGGUCUUUGACCUACAAACGGCAGGUGCAGGACAUCAAACGCCCAAUCGUCGUAGUGGCCAUCCUGCUAUUGUUACUGAGCACCGCGCACAUUGUCGCGAGCAUCAUUCGUGUGGAAGAUGGACUGGUGAAGUAUCGCGACACGUACCCAGGCGGGCCAGUAGCAUUCUUCGCAGACGUUACGGAAGAAAUGUUUGUGAUCAAGCAUGCAUUGUACGUCUUGCAAACGUUACUUGCUGAUGGGGUGGUGGUUUUUCGCUGCUAUGUUGUUUGGCAAUCCGUCUGGGUUAUCAUCGUACCGACCAUGUUGUGGUGUAGCAUCGCAGUGACUGGGCUCUAUGCGGUCUGGAAUGGUUCGCAAUACAAUACUAGCAUCUUCGACCCAGUGCUUGAGACGUGGAUCCUGGUUUUUUUCAUCUCGACUAUUGUGGCUAAUGUGUUGAGUUCGGGAUUAAUAGCAUAUCGAAUAUGGGCGAUUGAACGCAAUAUUACUAAAAUUCACGCUAGCGCGAAGAACACUAUAAUGCCGAUAGCGCGUGUGCUCGUGGAUGCCGCCGUGUUGUACUCUGUAGCGCUUAUCAUCACACUAAUCUGUUUCGUUUGCUCGAACAAUGGAGAGUAUAUUAUGGUAGACCUGGUCGUGCCAGUCAUAUCGAUUUCCUUCUACAUGGUGCUUAUUCGCAAUGCCAUGAAUAGAAAUCAGAACUACCUCUCGGCUGUAUGGACGAUCGCCGAGAUGGAACAAGGCAAUUUGCAGAUAUAUCCUAUGACGCCCCUGCAGGUCCAUGUAUCGCAAUUUACGCGCAGUGACGGUACUUCAGCGUACGGAGUCGCCAAUGAAUACCAAUCGUCAUGGAGGUCACCUCCGAAGUGGAGGUGGUAUCAGGGCCGAAAAUGAGUUGAAACCUCACCGAAUCCUAAUAAUGGAGACUCGAGCGCGGAAAAAGAACUGACGCUUUCAAUACGAUCUCGCCCCUCGAAAUCGCCAUGCAAAACAGAAUCGAAGGAAGAACGUAGGGGUUCUUCGAUAUCCUUCUCUCAUGGCUCUUGUAUACUAGGAGGUCGGACUGGGGUCGGACUGGGGAUCUGGGCGGGACUAAGGGGAAUGGGUGACCUUAGGUCAUGUCUGGUUGUAUCUUCUAGACACCCGCAAUGCAAGGAGGUGGUGUAAGGAAGGACUAGUAGAUGGGAAAAAGAGAACCAUGGGAUGUGAGAAGGGGCGGCUUCAUGGCCGACAUUUAAUUAAUUUUAUGUUAUUGCGCUUACGUAAUUUUGAUUCAAAUCAUCGAAUGGCAUCAGUCACCGACGCUC